AUGUCAGUCUCAUACGACUUCACGAACCAGUGUGUCCUAAUCACAGGUGCUGCAAGUGGCAUCGGGUUCGCCACCUUCACAAAGCUAUCAUCAAGCAAUGCACGCGUAGCAUUAUGUGACGUAAACGUUGACAAGCUCAACACCCUCAACCUCGGCUCCAGACAUCAAGUAUACCAGCUAGAUGUGACAUCUCCAGCUGGCACCACCGAGAGCGUGGAAUCUAUAAUCCGAGACUUUGGCCGGAUAGAUCACGUAUUCAACUGCGCGGGAGUUAAUCCCACCGAGCACGCCUUGAUCGACACCACAGAUGAAUACUGGAGCAAAAUCGUCGACACGAAUGUGAAAGGCACCUACCUGAUGACGCGAACUGUCAUUCCGCAUCUGAAAGCAGGAUCCUCAAUCGUCAAUGUAUCUUCUAUUGCUGGAUCCCGUGCAAUGGCCGGAUGGGCGGUCUACAACGCGUCCAAGUUCGGGGUCGUGGGAUUCUCCAAGUCCAUGGCUCUGGAGCUGGGUCCGAAGGGUAUUAGGGUGAAUGUGGUUGCGCCGGGUCAGAUCCAUACUCCGACUAAUAUUGCGGUGAAGAAGGGUCCGGAUGCAGUUGACAAGACUGCGGAGACGUCAAGUUUGGGGAGAUUCGGGACUGCGGAGGAGGUGGCUGGGGUAGUGUUGUUUUUGAUGAGUGAGGCUGCGAGUUACAUCAACGGGGCUGUGAUUGAUGUCGAUGGUGGGGCCAAGUGA